AUACCAGGCAAAGCAUCUGCAUCUCUUCAUCUUCAUGAAAUGACAGCUUUUCUCUCUGCUCCGAACCUAUAGGUCUACAGACACCCAAUUAGGGGAGACGUCAACAAGUCAGCAUUGCUUUAAACCCCAAAUAGUAGGAUAAUCAUGUUCAAGUCUGCAAAAUCGAAAAAGGAGAAGAUCAAAGCUGUAUUCGAAAUGCAGUUUCAAGCAACACAGGUGCCUCAACUAAAAGCAAAAGGCCUCAUACUUUCACUGGUUCCGGCAGAUGCCGGAAGGCCGACUGUAAAAUUGGGAAAAGCUGCAAUAAUUGAUGGAACCUGCUCAUGGGAUAAUCCUAUAUAUGAAACGAUGAAGUUAGAGAGAGAUUCAAAGGCAGGAAAAUUUCAAGAAAAGAUAUACUACUUCAUUGUGGCGACUAAAUCAUCAAAGUCAGGUUUUCUGGGAGAGGUUGGAAUGGAUUUUGCAGAAUUGGCUGAGAUGACAGAACCAGUAUUACUAUCUCUACCCCUUAUGCCAGCAGACUCUGGCAUAAUUUUGCAUGUGACAGUACAGAAGAUGCAAGCAAUGCCUGACCAAAGGUGCAAGGAAGAAAGUGUAGUUUCAAGAACUGAAUCAUUUGAUCAGAGCUUUGAAACAGAGCUGGAAUGUGAUGAUUACUGUGCAAACUCCACCGAAGGUGAGCAAUUCAACAAAACAUCUCAGUAUCCUGAGCAAAAUGGCACCCUCAGACAUCCUCCAUCUGAUGAUAUUAGUGUUAAUCAGGACCUUAGUAGUCAUCAACAAGAUUUCAAGCCUCAGAAGCCUGCUUUUGGUAUCAAUUCCAUUGAAAGAUAUUCCCAUCAGAGAUCCUCCACAGACUGCUCACUGGGCUCAACCUCAGAUGGAAGUAUAAAAGAUACAACAAACAGACCCAAGGAGGACAUCCCAAGGGACAUUGUGCAAGAAACUGAAACAAAUAGUACGCUGAGGUUGCAAAAUCAAAUCAAAAUGCUGGAAAGGCAGGCAGAAGUUUCUGAAAUAGAGCUACAGUGCCUGAGGAAGCAAAUUGUAAAAGAAAGCAAAAGGGGACAGGACUUCUUGCAGCAAAUUUUUGACCUACAAGAUGAGAGAGAUGCGCUUAAAACAGAGUGUGAUGAACUUAAGUUUAAAAAUAGGGGAAAUGUGCAAAUCCAAAAUGCACCACAAAGUGAAAUUGAAAAUUUGACAGCAGAGUUAGAGGGCUUCAGGCAAGAACUUCAGCAUGAGAAGCAAUUAAGAAGCAAAUUGAAGCUGAAGCUGCAAAAGACAGAAGACUCAAAUUCUGAACUUAUUCUUAGAGUAAGAGACCUUAAUGAAAUGUUGGAUCAGAAAAAAAAGGAAAUAUCUUAUCUUUCCGGCAAAAGAAAAUCCGAAAAAUGUUUCACAGAGGGUGUGGCCAGAAAAAUGUCCAAUUCCAAAAGUGAUCAGAAUGAAGAGGAAAACACUGAGACAUUCAAGAAGGUUAAUGAAUUAGAGGAAAUGAAACAAACAAUAGAAAAGAUGUCCAGGGAAAUAGAGGUCUACAAAAAAGAAAGUGAAGAGCUAAAAGUACAGAAGGACCAACUUGUAAGUGAUUGUGAAAUCCUGAAAAAUGAAAAUAAGGAUAUCUAUUCUGAGCUGGAGCAGAGUGAGCUAGAAAAAGUGAAACUGCAACAAGAAUACUCUGAAGCAUUGACCAGCAUAAAGCAGUUGAAGGUCAGGGUAGAGGGGUUGGAGGAUGAAAUGCAAAGACAAUCAAUGAAUUACUCAGAAUCUUUGGACACUAUAAGCAUGCUAGAAACUGAAGUCAUGAGCCUUGAGAAGGAGUUGAAAAAGCAGGCACGAGCAUUUGAAGAAAAUCUAGAAGCAGCUACUCAAGCCAGAGUUGUGCAGGAACAAAGGGCGUUAGGUGCUGAGGAGGCCUUGAGAAGAACAAGGUCAAAUAAUGCAAAUGCAACUGAGCAACUUCAGCAAGAAAUUAGAAGGCUUUCUGUUGAAAUGGCAUCAAAGGUUGAUGAGAAGGAGAAACUAGCUAUUAAAGCAGCGGCUGAAGCUAAUGCUCUGCUACAGCAGAAUAACGUUCUUGAGGACUCACUGCAUGAAGCCAAAAAAGAACUUGAAUCAACAAAAGAUCACUAUACGAAAGAGCUGCAUCAACUUUCAAUUCAAAACAAUCAGACAUUACUGGAAGAGUCAAACAAAAUGCAGACUCUAAUGGAUGAAAAGAAGAAAUCUGAAGAACAUUUACAAUCUGAAAUUGAGAAGCUACAAGUUCUAUACAAUGAAUUGGUUCAUGGUUCCGAACAGUUAAAGUUAGAGAAUGAAAACCUUAAGGAACAGGUGUUCGAAUUACAGAGUAAUCUACACAAGAAGGGUCAGGAGAACAGACCUUCAAAUGGAGUCACAGUUGAAGCAAGACAAGGUACAGGGGAAUGUAUCCAUUGUGGAGAGAUGAGGUCUCUAGAAGGCUCAUCAUUAAGAAGUAAAGAGAUAAACUCAGGAAUGCCAGAAGUGAUCAAUGGCCAUGCUGAAACUACACAUGAUCUUGCUGAGUUACUUAUGGAAGUAGCAUCACUGAGAGACAGGAACAAGCACAUGGAGGGUGAACUCAAGGAAAUGGAAGAGAGAUAUUCAGAAAUCAGCCUCAAAUUUGCAGAGGUAGAAGGUGAAAGGCAACAACUUGUCAUGGCUUUACGUAAUCUGAAGAAUGGAAAGAAGAACUAGCAUUGCAUUUAAAUGUUGAAUGAAUGGAUCUGUAGAUGGAAUUCAAUACACCCCUAGAUUUCAUGGUCUGUCAACAAUAGAGACUGAGGGGUUCAUGACAUUCAGCCAUGCCUUGUACAAGAAGUUGCUUCUGCCAUAGCUCUUAGUAUUAAUGGCCUAGGAAUACAAAGUUUCAAGAUAAAUUUUUGUUGCACAAUCAUGAAACCAAGUAUGUGUAUGAGCACAUUUUAUGACAUAAUAAAUUGCUAAAAUCUUCUGCCUGGAGUGUGAGAAUCUCUAUCACUCCACACCAGCUUAGUUUGCCCUCCA